AAAAAAUUAAAUUACCACCUGAAAGUUUUGUUUUUACUGGCGAAUGCUACGGAUUAUAAAGCUUUAGAAUAUAUUAAUCUUAUGAAAUUGCAAAAAUCUGUUAUAUUUUCUGACUCUAAAAGUGCGCUUCAAGCACUACAUAAAUUUCCUUUUAAAUAUACCAAUCAUCCUUUUAUUAUAGAUUGUAGAAAAAAUCUCUGGCAAUAUCAUUUAAAAGGUUUUGAUGUAGUUUUUGCCUGGAUACCUAGUCAUGUAGGUAUUUAUGGCAAUGAAAUUGCGAAUAAACUUGCCAAUGAUGCUGUAGAUUGUGGCGAUAUUUUUCCAUACAAAAACUUCAUUAACGAUCUUUUAGGUCUUCCUAAUUCGGAUCUUCGUGAAUCCUGGGAACAAAUAUGGUCUGUUUCUAGUAAAAACAAAGGAAAGCAUUACUCACAAAUUCAAACUUUCAUUCCUACAAAGCCUUGGUUUUAUAAUUUUAAAUUUGGCAAGAAAACGACGUCUAUUGUAACUCGGAUGAGACUGGGUCAUGUUUGCACUCCUUCUCAUCUGGCUAGAUUAGGAAUAGUCAAUAGCAGUGUGUGUAAUUGUGGCGCUGAUGUUGGUGAUUUAAACCAUAUUUUUUUCGCGUGCUCCAUAAAUGACUGUUCCUCUUUUAUUGACUCCUUAACAUCCCUUCGUAUUCCCCUCCCGACUUCUGUAAAUACUUUGCUUUAUUGUAUGAAGUAUGAUAUUUAUUUAUGUAUUUCUAAUUUUAUCCAGAAACACAAUAUUAAACUGUAAAUACUUACCUGAUCCUGUCCUUCUAAAUUUCCGUUCCUUUUUUAUCCUGUUUCCCUACCUUUACACUUGUACGUGGCUGACGCACAAACCGUGCAGGCUAUAAAAGAGAAAAAAAAACAGUGUCUCUCCUUUUCAAUCCAUAGAAUUCCAAAUUCCGUUUCACUUUCACAACCAUUUUAUUUCAUUAUUUUGGUUUCCUUACCUUUUACCCUGUCGUGGCCGUGCGAGCCAUUAAAAUAAUAAAAAAAAAACCAUAGAAUGUGUUAUGGACAACCUGCUAUCAAAAUGACAAACAUUAUCACGAAAAGUGCCGGAUCAGAUGUUCAGAUGACAUUUAUAAACACAGUUUAUAGUAAUCAGGAUAGAUAAAAAACAGUGUUCUAAAAAAUACUGCAUAUGCAUGAAUUUUAUUUUUCUUUUGAAUUAUACAAUUAAUAUUGUAUUCAACUGACUUCAUGCACUACUUUCUGAUUUUUAAUAGCAUUAGCUAAAUGGUUUAGCCAUGCCUCUGCAUUAUGAAUGGACUUUUAAAAAGAAAACGGGUCGUCUCCGUCAUGAGUAUCCUAGCUUUGACGUUGGUAGUCAUCCCUUAAAACCAAUUUACACUAGUGUGAAACAGCAAACAAAUACAAGUAAGAGUUUCAUUGAAAAUCUCAGCAAAUGGAGUGCAGGUUUUGAAGAAAUAGAUCCUCUUUUAAGAUUUGAACAAAUGAAACAACAAGAUGAGGAUGGAAGUCCAAAUGAAUCCUUGGUUGAUGAUGCUACAAAUUAUUUAAAUGCUUGGAAUGCAAGACGUUCCAAUAUCCUGACCAAAUACACUACUGGAGAAAAACUGACUAUAGUAAGCAGUUUCUUGCCUGGAGGAGAGAAAACUCUUUUUAGACAGGUAUCCAAUUUAAAUGAAAAAGUCAAACAUAGACUUGAGCAGUUAGAUGAUUUUGAAGAAGGAUCUGUUAGAAAAACUAUUGGACUAAGCCAGCAGGAGUUUGUGACAAAGAUUAAUGUGCUUAAUGAUGAAAUCAAGAAGGCAUGGGAAUCAGAGCAAAGAGUGAAAGCCUUUAAAAUUGGUAUUCAGUGUUCAAAAAUGUUAUCUGAUGUUAAUGUUAUGCAAUUUUAUCCAAGUAAAUUUGUACUGAUAACUGAUAUACUGGAGACAUUUGGAGAUUUGGUGUUUGACAGACUGAAGGGAAAAAGUUAUAAACAAAAUGUGGUCAAGGAUAUAAAUGAAAUUGAUCCUAAUUCAAUACCAGAAACUGCAAAAGAGACAUGCCAGAAUUGGUUGUUCAAAAUGUCAUCAAUAAGAGAACUGCUCCCGCGAUUGUAUAUGGAAAUUUCACUUCUAAAAUGUUAUGUAUUUUUAUCCAAAGAUGAAAUAAAACCUACCAUUAUCAGGUUGACAGUCAUGAUUAGAGGGAUAGGGAAUCCAUUAGUAGCAGUAUAUUUACGUCUUUAUUUAUGUACUGUAGCUUCUAAAUUAUUAGGCAAAGAAAGUGAAGAUUUUUUUUAUAACAAUUUGAAAGAAUUUUUGGAGGAAUAUCAACAGAUUUUGUCAUGUCACUUUUGUUUUCAGAUCUUCCAUCCAAUGAUAAGAAAGAAAUAUGAAACACAGUUACUAACUUUAGACAAAUAUUUGAAUCUCUAUGUACCAGCUGUUGAUUGGCUGUUGUUUGGUACUCUUAAUUCUAAUAAAUGCAAACAGACCCUUCUAGAUGAACUACUUCAGCAAUGUGAAGAUAUGGAAAAUUUUGAAUUACUUCUUUACUGUCUCCUGCAUGCUUUUGAGUCUGAAAGUGUCAUUAAAAAGGCGUCCAAAAUUUUAGAAAUGGUCCAAAAAUCUGCAGACAACAUGGUGUUGUUAAGUGAUAUAUUGGCAUCCCUUGGAGAACAUUUGUGCAAAGCUGACCACCACCGGAACUUAGCACCAGAAGCUUUAGUUCAAACUUGGUGGAAAAUAGCAAGUUCGAUGAAAUCAACAUUUAAUUUCCUACAAGUGUUAGAACCAUGGAUCCAGUUCGCCUGUACUCAUUUAUCGACGCAACAUGUAAACGUAAUACUGCGGGGCACAAUUCGUUAUAUGAUAAACUGUGGCAAACCUGCUGAUGAAUUUUCCGGCAAUUUUCAAUUCGUCAUCAAGAGAAUACUUAGAUCAAUUCCCGAUGUUGAAGAACUGUUUUUAAUGGAUGCUUUUAUGCCGCUUGUUGAAUUGGUUCAAACGUCCAGUGCACGCACAAUGAUGGCGAAGACAGUGCUUUCCAUAUUCUUUUCGCGAUUCAACUCUGUAACCAUUGAGGACCAUAUAAUAAUUUCCAGUCUUAUGCGGCUCUGCUGCAUACUGCAUGAUUCCAUAAACGCUGUGACUGUGGAAGAUGAGAGCAAAGCGUGUGCUGAGUUGAUUAAUAAGUUUGUUCAAGCUGUUGACUAUGAAGAUGAUUUUGAACAGCAACUUAACUUUUAUGUUGAGUGUCGAUCCGCGUUUAUAAAGCUCGACGCCGUUCUUGUGGUCUUGGUUCAUGCAGUAAAUAAGCUAGCAGCGCGUUCAGGGGCGCGUAGUGCGGGUGUGGGAGGGAGAUGGCUGCAGCGCGCAUGCGCCGCGUACUGUUUUGUGACCGUGCCAUCGCUGCACUGCGGGCUCGUGCGCGCGCACCUCUACUUGCUGUCCGGGCAGGUGGCGCUGCUCAACAACUGCAUCGGGCAAGCUGAAGCUAACUUCAAAGCACUCGUUGGACUGAUCCCUGACAUACCUGAGUUUACACUAGAAGAUAAUCAAAGGAAACCUACACAAACUAAAGUCAGCGGAAUCAUAAGCGAUUUUCUCUCGACACUGCUGAUGUUACCAGAUAACGUGGACACAAAUUGCAAAGCUUACAUAUUAAGUGGUUUCAUAAGGAUGAUCGAGAGAAUACACUGGAGUAAAUUGGAACCCUUGUAUUACAAUAGUCUCCUGCAUGUCUUGGAUUUAUUGUGUGAGAUGUCCCAAGACACAUAUGCCUAUCACAUUGAAGCCGUGCUUUCUAACGACAAAUUAUACGGUUCGGAAGACGAAUUCAUCCAAGUAUUGGACAAACACGCCACGAAUAUAUGUCAGGAGUUGUUAUUAGUUCUGAAGUUGCUCGGAGAUGCGAAGGAAACGAAGAAGCAGUAUAAUUUGGCACUUGAAUUGUUCUGGCGCGUGGUCAGACGCGGCGAUCUGAGCAAGCCACCCAUGCUCAGUCUGGCUGCCAACCUGUGGAUCUUAUCACAGAAAUUGCAGGAUUCCAACAAUAAAAUAGCCAAAUCGAUGUUAGCAGCGCUGAAGGAAGACCCAGCAAGUCAAAUUUUGCUAAGAAAAUUGGAGGAAACUACAUAAAUCUUGUUCAAUUACAUUUUCCUGUAGUCUGUAAGAAUAUUAUAUUUAUCUCCUAUUAUUACUUUUAUAAUGGUAGCGAUUAAUAUAUUAAACAUUUAUAUACGAACAAAGGUAUCUUUAUGAUUUUAUUUAUUUUUAAGCAUUUAACUACUAGAUGUUUAAAUCUAAAGAAAAGUUUUACUAGAAAA